UCAGUUGACUCUCAAAACGCAACAUGUUCAAGAUUCUAAAAUGGGAUUUGUAAUCAAUGCCAUAUAUUCUAUGGCAUACGGUCUUCACAACAUGCAGAUGUCACUAUGCCCAGGCUAUGCAGGUCUCUGUGAUGCCAUGAAGCCUAUAGAUGGUCAAAAACUCCUGGAUUCUCUCAUGAAGACUAACUUCACUGGGGUUUCUGGGGAGGUGAUCUUGUUCGAUGAGAAUGGAGACUCACCAGGAAGGUAUGAGAUUAUGAAUUUUAAGCAAAUGGGGAAGGAUUACUUUGACUAUAUCAAUGUUGGAAGUUGGGAUAAUGGUGAAUUGAAGAUGGAUGACGAUGAAAUAUGGUCAAAGAAAAAUACUGUCAUCAGAUCGGUCUGCAGUGAACCAUGUGAAAAAGGCCAGAUAAAGGUGAUCCGUAAAGGAGAAGUCAGCUGCUGCUGGACCUGUACGCCUUGUAAGGACAAUGAGUUUGUCUCUGAUGAAUACACAUGCAAGGCGUGCCAGCUGGGCUCCUGGCCCACUGAUGACCUUACAGGUUGUGAUCUCAUCCCAGUCCAGUUCCUCAGAUGGGGCGAUCCUGAACCAAUAGCAGCAGUUGUUUUUUCCUGUCUGGGUCUACUGGCCACCCUGUUUGUUACAGCUAUAUUCAUCAUGUACCGCGACACCCCAGUUGUCAAGUCAUCCAGCCGAGAACUCUGCUACAUUAUUCUCGCUGGCAUCUGCUUGGGUUACUUGUGUACUUUCUGUCUCAUUGCAAAGCCUCAACGGAUUUAUUGUUACCUUCAAAGAAUUGGCAUCGGUCUGUCCCCGGCUAUGAGUUACUCUGCCCUAGUAACUAAAACCAAUCGCAUUGCAAGAAUUCUAGCUGGCAGCAAGAAGAAAAUCUGUACAAAGAAACCUAGGUUCAUGAGUGCCUGUGCCCAGUUGGUUAUUGCAUUUAUCUUAAUAUGUAUACAGUUAGGCAUAAUUGUUGCCCUUUUCAUAAUGGAGCCACCAGAUAUAAUGCAUGAUUAUCCAAGUAUCCGAGAGGUCUACUUGAUUUGUAACACCACCAACUUGGGUGUCGUAACUCCCCUUGGAUACAAUGGAUUAUUAAUUUUAAGUUGCACCUUUUAUGCAUUUAAGACCAGAAAUGUCCCGGCUAAUUUCAAUGAAGCAAAGUAUAUCGCCUUUACAAUGUAUACCACCUGUAUCAUUUGGCUGGCCUUUGUGCCCAUAUAUUUUGGUAGCAACUACAAGAUAAUCACCAUGUGUUUUUCUGUAAGCCUGAGUGCCACUGUGGCCCUCGGCUGCAUGUUUGUGCCAAAGGUGUACAUCAUCCUCGCUAAGCCAGAAAGGAAUGUACGCAGCGCAUUCACCACGUCGACCGUGGUCCGCAUGCACGUAGGGGAUGGAAAGUCAUCUUCAGCUGCAAGCCGCUCAAGUAGCCUGGUCAACCUAUGGAAAAGAAGGGGAUCGUCUGGUGAAACUCUAAGGUACAAAGGCAGGAGGCUGGCCCAGCACAAGUCGGAAAUAGAGUGUUUCACCCCAAAAGGGAGUAUGGGAAAUGGUGGGAGAGCUACAAUGAGCAGCUCGAAUGGGAAAUCGGUCACAUGGGCCCAGAAUGAGAAGAGCAGCAGCAGGGGAGCGCACCUCUGGCAAAGGCUCUCAGUCCACAUCAACAAAAAGGAGAAUCCUAAUCAAACCGCGGUGAUCAAGCCCUUUUCGAAGAGCACGGACAGUAGCCGACACAGCAGCAGCGCCGCAUUUCCAGAGACCAGUGCCAAAAUGCUUUAUGACGUCUCAGAAGUGGAGGAGCAAUACCCAGCUCAGUUCCAGCCACAGACCCCAUCGCCGAUCAGCACGGUGAGCCACAGGACUGCCUCCAUUAGCCGAACAGAUGACGAUGUCCCCACAGCCCAGACAGAACAUGCCCAACGGAGCAGUUCCUCCCAAGGCUCUCUGAUGGAGCAAAUCAGCAGUGUGGUCACACGCUUCACAGCCAACAUCAGCGAGCUGAACUCUAUGAUGCUUUCAACAGCCACGCCGGGGGCAAUGGUGGCCACUCCUCUCUGCUCUUCCUACCUGAUCCCAAGAGAGAUCCAGCUUCCUACAACAAUGACCACUUUUGCAGAGAUCCAGCCGCUCCCUGCCAUUGAAGUCAAUGGUGCAUCGCAGUCCGCUAGGAAACCUUCGUGUGGCAGCAUCAAAGAAGGUACUUCGGAGGCACCAGCGGUGAAGCAAGAUCUUGAGGAGUUGGUGGCUUUAACUCCUCCCUCACCUUUUAGAGACUCCAUUGAUUCUGGGAGCGCAUCUCCCAGCUCUCCAGUGUCAGAAUCAGCUCUUUGUAUCCCAUCCUCCCCGAAAUAUGACAAGCUUAUCAUAAGAGAUUACUCUCAAAGUUCUUCUUCAUUGUGAAUGUAGUUCAAGACACUAUUGGAUCUCGACAGCUACAAGCAGGUAGAGCGGGGACAGCCAAGCCUUCAAGAUCUCCAAUCUUUACACAGAUACAGUGAUAGGCAUUGGGUCAUCAUGUGAAGAAUGGAGGGGGCAAUAGAGAAUCAUUCGAUAAAUGGAAACAUCGGAUUAAUUAUGCUAUUUUAAAGAAACAAAACUAUGAGCAGAUUUUCGUGGCCUUACAAAACAUGGGCUUUUAAGAAACACUGCAUAUAUUUUUGAGGGCUUAUAAGGAGUCUGUUAAAUCAGUUACAUACCAAGUGCUUUGCUUUAGUAUAACAAUGAACUGUGUGUACAAUAUAUGAAAAAAGUAGACUGUAAGCGACUGUACAAUGUUUUCUUUAUUUACUCUGAUUCCUUACCCAGAAGUGAACCUUGAUCUAUUAUCAAGAAUAGAAGACCAAACAUUGAAUGUACAUUUUCUAACAGACUCAAAAUCUGGCACCAAUAUGUCAGGCUCUUUUUUUUUCUAUGAAGAUCUCAAAAAGCAGUAACGUAUGUUUAGUAACUACCAAACUUUUGCUGAAGCGUAUCAUGCUGGUGAUACCCUACGUGUAGAUAAAAUAAACUGUGGCUUUGCAAUGUGUGACUGCAUAUGGAGGGCUUUACAAGUGACUUCUCAACCUACAGAUUUGUUUAUGAAAUUCUCUUCUAUAAGUAUUAAAAGUUCAAUUUAUUAACAUUGGAUACACCUUCAUAGCAACAAAAUGUGAGGACGAUUUCCUGACUCUUUCACCACAUUGCCAGCCAAUGAUGGAGUAGCAAAAAAUAUUUUCUGGAGUACUGUUUUGUAAUUCCCUUAUCAGGACAAGUUGUUGAGGAGAAUAUUCUGUUUCUAGCAGUAUUAUUGAGCUAUAGCAUAGCUGCAUUCCCUAGUGAAAUUAACACAUUUUUAUGGUCAUUCUCAUGGUAAUAUUGCCAGUUAAAAUAUUAUACUUAUUCAGGCUCCCAUAUCCUUUGCUUUUAAGGAAGAGGUAAACACUCUAUGGUUUUUCUCAGUUAUUAUAAAGGUAGAAUACUGAGAAAGCAGUCUGGAUUAUGAUGAACGAAUACUAUCGAUGGAAGGAUUGUCAUGAUCAUAAUUCAUUUACGAAAAAACACCUGUGUCAAAGUCUGCUUCAAGGUGGUUUAGCUACUCUUCGAUAAGCAACAAUUUUAACUCUAGUUAGCUGCGGAUGCAUUGCGGCUCUGAACUGUGACAAAAGAAGAUUUUCAAAGCAAUACAGAGUAUAUGUUCAAACAAGGGGGACCUAAUGAGAUACAAACUAACUGAGUCUUUCUUAGCAUCUCAUAGAAGAGGUGAGGGAAUUAUUGACAUUUUUUUUCCUGUAUCAAAGUAGCUACAAGUACAGUUUAGUACACUUCAUGCUGUCAUGGCACUUUUUAAAUACAUGCGGGAAGAGAUUUUAAAGUUUGAAUAGAAGCAAAAUAAUUUUUGAUAGCUAUGAUGAAACAAUGCACACUAUAAUUUGCUUUCUCCCUUCCCUCCCCCAAUGACACAGCUAUCCUCAGGUGCCAAAAUUUUGUGUUUUUUUCUUAUUUAUAAGGAUAGUAUGAAGGGGCGGGUGAUUUACUGUAAUUCAAAGUCAAGUUGAUGCAGCCUUAUACAGAAGAUAGCCUUAUGGAAGGGAGCCUUGGAAUAAGGCUGCUGUGUAUUAUUUUUUUAAACUCCCAAAUCUUAUUUCUUUGCAGGUCUGCAAAUACUUUUCAGUCAAAAUGUAUUUUUUUUCAGACAUUUUUUUUCAUUCAUGAAAGGUAUAACAACUAUCUGAUUAAAAAGUGAAAGCACGUUUGUUCAUUUCAGCAAAGAGUAUUACUAUUUUAUUUUUAAGUUAGCUCUAUCAUGACUUUAUGCCAUGCAUCCCAAUCCUCCAUGCAAUUAAUUUUUUGUAACAAAAUAGCUGAAUGAUACUAGGCUAACACUGUAAAAUAACACCCUCAGCUAAACAUUUUGCUCAAGGAGUAGUAAUUCAUUAGUUAACUAACUGCCCGUAUCUUAUGAGACGCAGACCUUUUAACUUUUCUUAGUCCAUCUGGAAAAAUGGGUAUUUCAAAUCAGGAACAAAAUAUAUAUGUUCUUAGUAGGGACUCUAGACUUCUGUGAAACUGUCUGAAGUGUUGUACAUGGAAGAUUUGCAAGGUACUGUAUAUGUUUUCCUUUAACACAGAACUGCUUUGAUUCAUGGAUAGUUUAGGUGGGUGGUUUACCUGCAUUUCAAAGGGAAUAUAUUAUUGUAUUAUUUAUUAAGUCAUUGCCCAAUAUCAUUAACAGAGCCCCUCCCGCCCUUUAUCCCCUUCCCCCCCACCACACACAC